AUGUCACUGCGGAAGGAAGAUGUUUACGAGACCGAAGAUUUGCCAGAGGAUGAUCAACAAAUGGUUGAAGAUGAGAUCACUGAAUCGGAAGAAGUAGAGCGUAUACAUAUCGACGUUGAUAGCGCUAUGAAACGAUUCAAAGGUCGCAUAUUGAGCACAGAAAAUGUCGAUUUUUCGGAUUCUAUUGCACAGAGAAGGCGCCGUGGAUAUGGUGGUGGUUCAUAUGUACUUGAAGUCGUUGGGCCUUAUGCAGAUGAAGCGGAAACGUUGGAGCAGAAGUUUACUCGUUUAAAUUGUGAGAUAAACGAUCUAGCAGAAGCGAUACAAGCACAGAAAGUAUCUGAGAAACCGGAUACAUGUAUUGUACACGAAGAAGAUUUAAUUGCUAUGCUGGAAACAUUGAAAGCUUUACAAAUCAAUAGAGAUACCAUUACAACUUCUGUUCAACAUGAAAAAAAAGAUAACAAAACGGAAGGUGGAACCUUUUUCGUCGAAAAUAACGUUGUGAAUGGACGUCUAGCAGUUUUGGAGAAUCGAAUCAACCGUUUAGAGCAGAUGAUUGAUGGUGUUGGUGCUGGUUGUAAUGAAUCCAUGAAAGUUUGCAAAAUUCCAGUUGCCGAAGCAGUUGAAGAUUUACGUAUGCGUGUACAAUUGUUACAUCCUGCUCAUGUUGAUGGUCUUCAUUCACGUAUCACGCAGCUUCUUUCUAAGCUACAACAAGUAGAGGAAAAAAAGAAGGAGAAGGGUGAUUCGGAGUUCGAGGAUAAGGUUGAUAAGCUAUAUGAGAUGAUGAGUCGAUGGGAUGUAGCUUGCACUGGCUUAUCUUCUGCAGUUAAAAGAAUGUAUGAUUUAAGGAAACUUCAUGAACAAGCAGAACAGUUCAGUAAAAAAUUGAGUCAGUUGACGGGUAUCCGUUCGCAGUUAGCCAAAACGAUGGAAAGAGAAGAAAUGAUGUUAUUUGAUUUCCGUCAACAAACGCAUGCAGCUUUAGAGAAGCUUGGUGUUGAUAUCGCUAGGCUAGAAGAACGAAUCAGUAAACUAAAUUCCUAA